UUAUUCAUACGAAUAUACUCAUCUUGAUUGCAAGGCUUUAGGCACAUAAGCACAUUUUGACCAUUGCCGGUAAACAAAUGAUCGACCAAAGAAAAAUAUAUUUCUCGUCAUUUUCUCUUUCCUUAUUAUACACUCACUCCGUCACAGUAUGAUGAUUUUGUGAGAAGGCAAGAAUAAUAUGGCAGGGCCAGCUAGAUCAACAAUUGAAGCAAUAGAGCAAGAAGAACAAAAAAGAAGAGAAGCUAUCAGAGAAGAACUUCGUCAGAAGUUAGAGCUUGAGGAAAAAGCUCAUAAAAUUGUAGAAAGACUUUUAGACAAUCAAGAUGAGCAAUUUUUAAUUGAUUGUUCCAGAUUCAUCCUGCCUGAUCAUUACAAAGAUGUUGUUGAGGAGCGAGCGAUAGCUAAGCAGUGUGGUUAUCCCACAUGUGACAAAACUUUAGGACCUCCACCAAAGCAAAAAUACCACAUAUCUAUGAAAUCUAACAAAGUGUAUGACAUAACAGACAGAAAGUGUUUUUGCAGUAAUACAUGUUACAAGUCAUCGAAGUAUUAUGCAGCACAAAUCUCUUCUGUUCCUUUAUGGAUGAGAGAUAAAGACGAACCAAACCUCAUAAAACUCCUGGGUUCUGUGGAAUUGAGUAACACUAGCUUACCUGGGCAGGCUGGUUCUGGAGAGGAAGUCAUUCUUGUAGAUGGGAUUGGUCCAGCUAGUAUGGAGUAUGUGUCCGGCAUGGAUGAGAGCAAACCGGACCAAGCUGAAGUGAGCGAUGAUAUUAUGUCAUUGAAUUUUUUCCGCGAUGAAAAUGAGCAUUUUGAAGAACUUGGAAAAGAUAAUGAAAAACUAGAUGAAGAUGAGGAGGAUGAAAAUACGGUUUCUAAAGAUGAAAUGAUAGAGGAAACCAAAGAUGUGAGAAAUGUUGAUUCCAAAAUUGCAACUAAAACUGAUACGAUUAAAACUGUGCAAGAAAAGCAUAAUAAAAAUAUACAUCAUGAAGAUUUAAAAGCAAAAAAUCAGGAACCUAAAAUUUUGAACAUACUUCAACCAAUAACAGAAUCUCUAAAAGAGUGGAGAACAAAAAGAACAUUAGAGUUCCUCAACAAAAGUUGCUAUGAACAUUAUGAUUCAAACAAACCCAGUGGCACAGCAACUAAAACUAUGGAAAGCACAAAUCAAGGUAAUGAUGUGAAUCCUGUAGAAACCACAGGAAAUGUUGAAGAUAGAAAGAGAGGGGUUUCAGAGUCAACAAGAAUGGAAAGUCAAAAGGUGGGAUCACUCACUGAGCAGAAAAUGCAGGCAAUGGAGGAAGAAGCCUAUAGGUUAAGAGUAGAGAGCUUAUUCUAUGGUGAAGAGUCAAAGCAACUGGCAGGCAAAAAUAAGAAGGAUGUGAAAGAGAACGUUACUGAUGACAAACCCAUCGCAAUGCCGUAUGUGGAUUCUCAGUCCCAGAUGUCCAUUCGGCGGAAAAUCCUGUUGGACAGAUUGAACAGAGCUUUCUCAGAAUUUCUUGGUCCUUUGCAUCUUUCAAUACGAGAGUUUUCAUCUGAUCUUAAUUGUCUAGUCCAGACAUUUCAUCUUGGUAACAAAAACAUGACCUUUAAGCCAAUUGGUUGGACGCUGCUAGCUGUAAUCAUACUUAUAAUAUCACUAUUCUUGAGUUUCGUAUAUACUCCUAUGCCAAGCUUAUCAGUGGACCUACAACUUCGUCCAGUUCUAUCUGUGACCCUAGACUGCAUGAUGUUGUAUAACACACAGUGCAAUUAGAGUAAAACUGUAGAAGAAAAUGGCUUAAACAGUGCAUGACAAUGUUGAGUCGUAAAAAUGAAGUUCUUUUGUCAGCCAUAACAUCCCAACAUGGAGUAAAGUUCCUCUCGGCCAUGUUGAAGAAAGUUAAUAUUGAGUUCAGAGAAUUGGAAGAUUUUGUUGAAUCCUUCUCAACAAAUAAACAAGGUUUACAAAGUUCUGAAUAAGUGGUAGAUAUGAUGUGUACUAGAAUAUAAAGUGGUAUUGUGUUGUGAUUUUACUUUUAGAGCAAUAAUUUGCUAGCAAGAACAUUGAUUUGAUUGGUGGAAGUGGAGCAUUGCUAUCGCCUAGAAAAGUACUAUCAUUUAACGUGACAGUGCUUUUUUCUCCAGGAAUUUAUGAACUAUCAUUCAACUUACCUCAUAGGGGUGAUGGUUGAAGUUAUUACCCGCUUUUUAACCAAUCAGAUGCCUGGAAUCCAGGAUUACUUUGCAUGAUGUGAACAAACUGCACAACCACACACAAACCAAGAUUGCUUCAAGAUCUACCUUUACCCCUUUAUCUUUUAUUAACAGCUUUAUAAAUAUUUUAUUAAUGACUUCUCUAUACAUAUCUUAUUAAUAAGUUCGAUAUAUCUUUUUACUCAGCCAAUAUCAAACCAAUGCUGAGGGAAUUUUACUCAACCCUUUAAAGAUUGUUAUUACUAGGAAGCUGUAAAUGGAUUUUCAAUUUGAUAAAAUUAAAAUCUGUAAAAUUUAUCAUUUAGUUUCUCGCACUAUGAUCAUAAUUAUUGUUAUAAUUGAAAUCAAUAUUUAACUAUCUACCAAAAUUUUUACAGAGCUGUUUUCGUAGAUGAUGAAAGAGUGUUUCGUUUAUUUUAAGAUCAAACUGCUGAAUCUUGUUCAGACAGUGUGUUCAAUAUAAACAUUAUUUUUCAAUUACCAAUAUUACUGGUCUUUUUUUUUUUUUUUAAUUAUAAAAAAAUGUGGUUUACUACUUUCACCUAGUUGCCUGUGGAACUCCAACAUCAAUCAGAAAAGAAUUGCCAUGUGAAUAGCAAUCUAUAUGGGCGUCAAGUCUUAAGUCCCAGAGUUAUUAUUAAGAUAAUAGUACAACAAAAGGUGGGAGAUUUUAAUUUUUUCUCUUGUCCAUCUGUCUUUUUACAUGCCAAAAAAUGGCCAUCACAGUUACACAAGAGCACCACCGCACCAGAAUUGGUUCCAGUGGUAUUUUGUGUUUCUUAUUUUAAAGCAGAAUAUCAAGAAAUCUAGUGCCCCCAAACAGCUUCAAUUUAAAAAAUUCAAAUGGCUGCUAUAUUAUUAUUCUUAUCAGAACUUAUGGUUGUGUGUUGUUGGUGCAUUGGAACAGUACAUUUAUACUAAUUUCUUUUGCAUCCAACAUCAAGUAAAUUACCAAUUACAGGACUGAAUGAUGCCUUAUGAACUAAUAAGAGGCUUAAGGACUGAAAUUUGUGUUUAUUUGUAAAGAAGGAAUUAAACCCCAGACCCAGGGAUUAGAAGGCAAUCAUCUUAACUACCAAGCAGUGGUGGCACCAGCGGGGGAUGGGGCAGGGGGAGGGGGGGCAUUUGCCCAUCUGUCGGACAGGCCUGGACCCCUACUGUCGUCUGAUGAAUGACUAGGUCGUCGGACCAAAAAUAAAAAAGAAUUAUGAUUUUCCUAUC